AUGUCGAUAUUUAAAAAAAAGAAAAGUGUAAAUGUCGAAAAUGGAACUUUUAUUAGUUUGGAACAACAUUCUUCCUCAAUUAUCGAUGAUAGCACCACAGUAACAGCUGCUACUACAAUGAAAGAAUUAGAUCAAUAUGACGAACCAAUAAUAAAAUUUGCAUCAAAUCGGAUCAGUACUUCGAAAUACACUUUGUUAACCUUUAUACCAAAAAAUUUAUUUGAACAAUUCCGGAGAGUGGCAAAUAUGUAUUUUCUUUUCCUAGUAGCACUUCAACUUAUACCUUCAGUAGGUGGUGGUGUUUCUCCCAUUUUAGUGGCUUCCCCACUAUUCACUAUCAUCACUAUGACUGCAAUUAAAGAUGCUUUUGAAGAUUGGAAACGUCAUACUCAAGAUAAAACACUUAACAAUUCUAAAGCUACGAUAAUAUCAAAUUGGGUAAAUGUCAAUAUGCCAUAUGGCGGCAGUGAGCAAUUUAAAUCCUUGCUGGUUCCAUCAUCAUCCCGUACAAACAAAACAAAAGUUUCAGAUAUAAAAUGGUCUGAUGCUCAUUGGCAAGAUGUUAAAGUUGGUGAUAUCAUACGAUUAAAUAAUAAUGAUCAAGUGCCGGCUGAUAUGAUAAUUUUAUCUACAAGCGAACCAGAUGGUCUUUGUUACUCGGAAACAAAAAAUUUGGAUGGUGAAACAAAUCUUAAAGUUCGUCAUUGUGUGUCCGCAACUUCAUCAAUAAAAUCUGAACAAGAUUGUGGGACUGCUUCUUUUUAUGUUGAAUCUGAACCACCAAAUGUCAACUUAUACACAUUCAAUGGAGUUUUACAUUGGAUCGUAAAAGAUGGCGCCGACAUUAAAACUGAACCCAUAUCUAUAAAUGACGUUUUGUUGAGAGGUUGUGUUCUUCGUAAUACCGAGUGGGUUAUAGGCUUAGUGCUAUAUACUGGAACAGAUACCAAAAUUAUGUUAAAUUCUGGCGAUACGCCAAGUAAAAGGAGUCGAAUUGAAAUAGAAACAAAUUUUCAUCCAAGAAGUUCUUCAGAAGUUUUUGAUUAUGAUGGAAAUGAUGAUGUUGAUAGUGGUCCAUUUCUAAGCGGUUUCGUGACUUUUUGGACAAGUAUGGUUUUAUUUCAAAAUAUUGUACCUAUCUCAUUAUAUAUUACAAUCGAAUUGGUUAAAACUAUGCAGGCAUACUUUAUUUAUUCAGAUAUUGAAAUUUAUUAUGAAAAGCUUGAUUAUCCAUGUGUUCCAAGGACUUGGAAUAUUUCAGAUGAUUUGGGUCAAAUAGAAUACAUUUUCUCAGAUAAAACUGGUACAUUAACUCAAAAUGUUAUGAAAUUUCGUAAAUGCACAAUCAAUGGUAUCGCUUAUGGACUGGGCGAAACUGAUGCAACACAUGAAAUGUCAAAACUGUUUUAUAACAAAUACAUUUCAUCAGAUUUCUCAUUUAUCGAUCCAAAUCUUUUUCGAGCUUUAAAAACUAAAGACCAACAAUCAAAAGCAAUUCAAGAUUUCUUUUCAGCUCUCGCAUUAUGUCAUACUGUGCUUGUUGAAAAUCCUGAUGAAGAUAAUCCUUAUAAUAUUGUUUAUAAAGCUCAAUCACCAGAUGAGGCCGCCUUAGUUGCAUGCGCUAAAGAUGUUGGAUUUGUAUUUACUGGACGAUUCGAAAACACUUUAGUGAUUGAAGUGAUGGGUGACUGUAAACAUUUUGAAUUGUUGAAUGUGUUGGAAUUUAAUAGUAAUAGGAAAAGAAUGUCUGUUAUUGUACGUUCACCUGAAGGAAGCAUAAUAUUAUUGUGUAAAGGUGCUGAUAGUGUGAUUUAUGAACGGUUGGAAAAGGAUUGUCAAUUAAAGUUACGUGAAGAUACUUUGUUGGAUUUACAACAUUUUGCUAAUGAAGGACUUCGGACAUUAUGUUUAGCGUAUCGUAUUAUACCAGAUGAAGAAUAUGCUGAAUGGUCAUUAAAAUAUGCUGAAGCAGCAGCCAGCAUUGAUAAUAGGGAAGAGAAAAUAGAACAAGCAUGCGAAUUGAUUGAACAUUCAUUAGUAUUGAUGGGUGGUACAGCGAUUGAAGAUAAGCUUCAAGAAGGUGUUCCUGAGACAAUAGCCACAUUAGCAAAGGCUGGAAUAAAGUUAUGGGUGUUAACUGGUGACAAAAUAGAAACGGCCAUAAAUAUUGGGUUUGCAUGUAAUCUAUUGCAAAAUGAUAUGACCUUAAUCAUAAUCAAUGCUUCAGAUUUGCCAAGUACACUUGCUCAAUUACAUGAAACAAUGUUAAAAUUUUUUGGUAAUGAUGUUGAUAAAAUAAAUAAACAUGCAUUGAUAAUUGAUGGGGAAACGCUCAAGUAUGCACUUGAUGAUUCUGUCAAGCAACAUUUAUUGGAUCUUGGAAAAAGGUGUCAAAGUGUUCUUUGCUGUCGUGUAAGCCCAUUACAAAAGGCCAAAGUUGUUGAAAUGGUAAAAGAUGGUCUCAAAGUAAUGACUUUAGCUAUUGGAGAUGGUGCUAAUGAUGUUAGUAUGAUACAAGAAGCAAAUGUUGGUGUUGGAAUAGCAGGUGAAGAAGGUCGCCAAGCAGUAAUGUCAGCAGAUUUUGCUAUAGCACAAUUUAAAUAUUUGGAAAAACUUUUACUUGUUCAUGGCCGUUGGUCUUAUAUUAGAAUUGCAGAAAUGAUAUCAUGUUUUUUUUACAAAAACAUUGUUUGGACAAUUGCAAUGUUUUGGUAUCAAAUUUGGACCGGAUUUACAGCUCAAUAUCUUUACGACUACACAUAUAUAAUGCUUUAUAAUCUUAUAUUUACAGCAUUCCCUGUCAUGUUUUUGGGUACUUUUGAUCAAGAUGUUAAUGCAAAAGUUUCAUUAAAAUAUCCACAACUUUACAAACGUGGAAUUCUCCAAAAAGACUUUACAAAAUCCAAAUUUUGGUUAUAUGUAUUAGAUGCGUUCUACCAAUCAAUUAUUUGUUACUUUGUUUCAUUUGGCCUACUUCAAUUCGGACAAUCUCAUGCAAAUGGAUUAUCCAAUGAUGGAUUAGAAGAUUUAGGUACACUGGUAGCUGCUUCAGUCAUAGCAACCACUAAUUUAUAUGUUGGUUUGAACACCUUCAAUUGGACAUGGAUGGCAGCUGAUAGGAUACUAUAUACUGAAAUAGACUUUUGGAUGUCAAUUGCAUUGUCAGUUAUAAUUAGUAUUUUGCCAAGAUUUGUAGUAAAAUAUCUUCAUAAAACUUAUUGGCCAAUUGAUACUGACAUUAUUCGUGAAGAAGUUUUCAAAGAAAAUAAUUAUAAAAGUAAAAAAUAUGGUAUUAUUAAUGAUGAUGAUUUGUCAUCAUUAUCACAACUGCAACCACCACUAGAGUCUGAAGUAAUUACAGUCAACAACAAGCAGUCUUCAUCAUCAAGGAACAAUUCGCUUAGAAGAAAGAGAACAAGAGAUUCAUCGAUUUCUAUUGAUCAAAUGGUUCAUAUGGAUUCAGGAAUAUGUGAGGCAUUUACUGGGUUUGCAUUUUCUGUUGAAGAGAGUGCAUUUGAAACUUUCAGAAAAUCUGUUUAUAGUUUACCAAGUCCACGACGUAAAACUUUUUCUGAGGAGAUGGGGGUUAAUCAUGAAGGACUCACAACUGAAAGUCACGACUGGACCUUGGUGAAAGCUAUUGAUCUCGUACAUGAUCAAAAAAUAGUUGUCAUUGAUGGAGAUACUUCAAUAGAAGGCGCAUGCGAUAUACUUGUAAAAAACAAUAUAUCAUCAGCACCAGUUUAUGAUCGUUCAACUAAAAGUUAUGUUGGGAUGUUUGAUUGGGCAGAUGUGAUGUCUUAUUUGUUAAUUGUUUUGAAAAAGAAAAAUUCAAUUGAACAACAAAAAAAAACUGAUGCUGAACUUACCAAAGAAUUUCAGGAUUUAUUAAAAUUAUCGACGGAACAUCAACCAAUCCCUGUUAAAUUAGCUUCAGUUGUAGAAUUAUUCGGAAAUGGAACUCAUAGAGUUGCUGUUUUGGAUGGUGAUGGUAAUCUGAAGGGAAUAUUGUCGCAAUCUGGAGUGUUGAAUUAUUUAUAUAAUAAUGUUACUAGAUUUCCACAAAUUGAAAGCCUAUUCCCUAAAACGAUUUAUGAGUUUGAUAUUGGUAAAAGUCCUGUGAUAUUUGCUCAAGCAGACUCUUUUGUUCUAGAUGCAUUGAUAAUGAUGAAUGAUAAUGCAUUAAGUUCAGUUGCUAUCAUUGAUUCAGAAGGAAUGCUUAUUGGAAAUAUUAGUAUGACUGAUGUUAAAUAUAUUAUUAGAAGUUAUAGUCACUCAUUAAUGUGGAAGACAUGUCAAAAAUUUGUUAGUCAUGUAAGAAGUAUACAAGGAUUGGAAGAUGGUCAGGAUAGGUAUCCGGUGUUUGAUGUUCGUACAACAUCAACUUUAGGAUAUACAAUUGCCAAAUUGACAGCCACAAAAGCACAUCGUGUAUGGGUGGUUGAUGAGAAAAUAAAAGCUGUAGGAGUUGUAAGUUUAACAGAUAUUUUGGGUGUCUUCGCUCAAGCAGCUGACGGGAAUCUUUCACUGAAUAAACUAUCAGGAUCUACUUCUUCUUCUUAA